UAAAAACUAUUUUAAAUUGAAAAUGAAAUUUUCAGCAACUUUAUCCGCAGCUAAAUUUUCCUUUUUUUUCAUAUUUUCCUUUGUGUUAUUGCUGGAUCAUGCGCUUUGCGACUCGUUUUGCAAAUUUUCCAAUGUAAGGUGUCACUCUUACGACAAGUCAAAGAUAGUCUUCAAAUCAUGCUUCUUGAAGGCAGUGCGUGGCGAGGACAGUUACAUGAAAGUGCAUGCGCAACUGAAGGAGGUUGGCCGGGAAGCGAAUGUUUCUAUUCGCCUGCUAAAGCGUGCCAAUGGUUGGAAACCUUUCCUGUAUAAAGUCCACUUUGACGCUUGUAAAUUUAUGAAAAAUACGCGAGCAAAUCCUGUGGCCGAGUUCUUCUACAACAUAAUGAAGGAGUACAGUAAUGUUAACCAUACCUGUCCGUAUGAUCACGAUUUAAUAUUGGAUAAAUUUCGUCUCAGCAGCGAUUUGGUGAAAUUGCCAUUCCCGAUUGGUGAGUAUGCCGUGGAUACAACCUGGUUUGUUAACGGUCAAUUGUGGGCUCGCGUAAAUGGUUCCUGCCGAGGCGCAGUCGAUAUGUAAUACACACACCAUGAGUAUUUUGUGAAAUAUUUUUAUGGUUAAAAAAAGUUUAAACUAUUAUUCGAAGUGAUUUGUGGCAUUUCAUUAUAUUUUGCAUUAGUCCGAAUUUAUUUUCAAAAAAAAUACAUAUUGUGACUCUUUAAAAAUAUAAAAUACAAAGAAAAUUACAUUAUUUUU